CAAACACCCCCUAACUUUCCCCAAUCUAUUCUCGAGAGACUAAGCCGCCGCAGCCCGCAGCGAGACGAGAGGAGGAAACCCUAGGCCAAAACUUCCCCAAUGGCUAGCCCCGCCGCGGGCGACCAUCGCUACCUUUUCGUAUGCACCCACGGCGAUUGUCAGAUUCGAGAUGUUGUUUCCCAUGAGUUCGCCGAGGAUCAUCGCCGUCCGCACGAAUACAGAGAUCAUCUCCGUCGUUCCGAGCUGGCCCACGCCAAGCAGGAGCUUCAGGGACGCCGCAGGGACGCCCAACGCCAUCGAGGGCGGCGCAAGGCCAGCUCUCUUGAGUCAUCUUCCGGCGAAACCGGGUGUGAUGAGCAUGCUGGAGAUACUGAUCAACAGCUUGAUGCUAUAGAAGUACAAAAAUCGAUGCAUGGUGGGAUCGAGAAACAAGCAAAGAACGACACAAUAUUUACUCCCAAGCAAGCUGGGUUAGGCAGGUCAUACAGGGACAUGUUGAAGGACGAGGAAGAAGAUGUGGUUUUGUACCGUCGUUUCUGGGAAUGCACUUGGGGCCGCAAGUUUGGCUCCUUCGAAGGCUACACCUUUUUGACUCCCACACUUUACACAUAUGGAACCAUCCCAGAACAUGCUGGCCCCUUCAGUUUCUUGCAGAUCUUCUCCAUCAAAGUCAUGGAGAAUGAAAUUUGGAGAAUCAGGUGGCCAGUGGAGGUAUAUGGCUUCAUUGCCGCUCGAGACAAUUUGGAUCGCAAUCGCAACCUUCUGUUCAGCCAGACAAGGGAUGACCCCCAAAUUCUCACUCAACAGGAUUCAUUUUUGCAAUUGACUGGCCCGUGUCGCCCAAUUGCGUUGAUCGACCCUGUUGUCUUUGAGAUUCAACUAAAAGUGAAGGGCACAGCAGAGUGUGAAGAUGAAACAUUGAUGGCUCGAGCGUUUGAGUAUGGAUAUGGUUUUGGAGAAUAUGGUGAGCUUGCCUGUCGUCGUUGGGCUGGUAAUUUUUUGCACACUAGAGAUCACCUCUGCGCUACUUUCCAGAACGGUUGCAGCCACUAUCAUCUCUGCUGAUGUUAUUAAAGGGUCAUGGCCUGGUGAUUAUAGAGGUCGUGUGGUUGCCCGUACUGCUGACAUAGAUGAGGAUAUUGUGCUGCUUGAUUCUGGAGAAGGUCGUUUGCAAGUGAAUCCAGACGGUCGUAUUGUCCUUCAAAGGGGUGUUGUUUGUGUGGAACGUGAGGGAAUGCUCACGGUUUCGGUGGAAGCCUACUCAAAGGCAGGUAUUGGUCAUGCAGAUUGUGUUGAAUUCAAGCCCAGAAAAUCCCUGACAAGUGAUGGUACUUGCAACCUUGGUUUCUGCACUGUGCAGUUUAUUGUUGGUUGGUCCCCCAUGGCAAGAAAGUAUGAUAUGAUGUACGAUGGCAACUGAGUUCAACUGCAUCGGUUUGUCAUCCCCAUCCCAGUAGCAUGCUGUAGAUGUCCAGCUAAUUAACUAGUUAUGAUUGGUCAAGUGUGCAAACUGUUUAGAAAUCAUGUUAUGUCUAGCGUCCAGACUAUUUAAAGGUCAUGCCAUGUUUGGUGAAGUGCCAAGUGGCACACUAUGGUUCAGCUUUUGGCAAACCACUCAUAUAUUAGCAGGUGCGGCCAGUCUCUGAAGCUUUA